AUGUAUCGAGUGUUACUCAAAACUGCUGCCACCGUAGUGCUUGUUGUUAUCGCUCAAUAUAGCGUGCUUGGUAUCGUAACCAACAAGCGACGAUCAUUAACAGUGAAUGCGUAUGAAGAUUUGAAUGGUGCAACAAGAAAAGCACCUAAAACUGAGUAUGGCAAAUCGAGAAAAGUUGAGGAAUCCUGGAAUAUCAAACAUUUCCUGAAGAGUGAUCAAUCGGUAACGAAACAAGAUUCGUUAUCAUCUCCAUUAACAGAGUCACUAAAGGAUGCAAAUUCACGCAAUGCUAAAAUAACUGUUGUGGGAAAAUCCGUUACAUUACCACGUCCUAAAAUAACUCUUCCAUCAGCUCUUUCAUUAGACGGAUUAGCAACCCAAAAGAAAGAAAGCAAAAAUGGCAAUAGUCGAAUUUUUGCCUCUGUUUUGGCUUCAGGCAUUUCCCGAAAAAAACUUCACCCAAUACAUCAGUAUAAUUUGGAUCUUUUAACAAAUAAUCACUUAAGUUAUUUCUUGCUCAAGUAUUCAAAGUCAGCAAUCGAUUCUCGAGCUCGGAAAAGACUGUACUCAUCUCGAAAUGAAAUGAUUGCUAGACUUCGUCAUUUGAUUCAUAUACGUGAAAUGAAAGGACUAAGUACAACAACACUGCGAUUAUUGUUAACAGCUAGCAGCAAUAAAACCAAAAAACAACCUUAUGAUUCAUUAAAACUCGUCACUAUAAAACGUUCACCAAAGCAGAAAAGUUAA